CUUAGUUUUUUGUUUUGAAAAUUUGAAAACCUCCCAAACAAAGCAAACAAAUAAACAGUAGAUAUUUAUAAAUGUAUAAUAUUUUUUAAAGAUAUAAUAAACGCUUCUUCCCAAUAACAGUGUGUGUUCUAAAAGAAACCGUAAAUUUCGUGUUCCAUCAAAAAGAAGGAUUUUAAUGAAUUUAUACCAAUUACUUGUUCAAAAAUCGAAUUAUCAUUUAAGAUUUAAAGCCUAAUAAUGUAAAUACUUGUGUAAAUAAACUGAAAGUUUGAUAAAAAGAUAUAGUGCAUCUAUGUAUAUAUUGUUAAAAAAAGGAAAAAAAAAUGAGUGUCGAAAACGAGUGCAAUUUGGCUUAUAGAUAUAGAACAGUUCAAAAACAUUUAGAUGGUUUGGGGUAUAAACAAACAUUACCUCUAGAUUCUUUACCUCUCGUAGAAAAUCUUCUCGCUGAUUUAAUUCAAACCACAGAAAGUCUUAAGCAUUUUAAAUCAGUUGCUCAGGAUAAUAUAGAGUCUUGUAGUCAACUGCAGUUGUCUGUGAAUCCAUAUAAAUGUGACAAUGCGCGAUUAGUGCAGGAAAAUAAUGAAUUAAACGUAGAAUUGAUGCGAGAAAAAGAAUCUCAUCAAAAAGAAUUGUUUGAAUUAAAAAAACGUUUAAGAAGAGUGGAAGCGGAGCACGGUGAUUUACAACUUUCAUCAUCACGGAAUCUUCAAAGAAUCAAAGAACUCGAAGGAGAAUCUGCUAAUAAAUCGAAAAAAAUUUUGGAACUACAAGGAAAGUGUUGCAAACCUGUUGUGAGCAACGUUUCUCUUGCUGCGAAAAAACGAACAUGCUAUCCUCUCCGUAGACCUCUUUUGGAAUGUGAAACUUUACCAAAAACAAAAAGUAGUACAAUUUCUUUACAAAGUGCCAGACAAGUUGAACCUUUCGUGGUGGAUUUUGUUGCAAUGGCGGAUCUUAGGAUGAAUUGUCUUAAUUACGAGGUAACCCAAUUAAAAGAAAAACUUACACUGCAGACGGACAACAUAAACACUUUAGAUAUUCAGCUGGCGUUAAAAGAAAAAGAAAUAUCACGCUUGAGGAGAAUGCUCGAAGGCGGCCGUCCCUAUAACGCAGUUGCCAAGGAAUGCUCCUGUAAUAAAUUUGAAAAAACACACAAUUCACAAGAGUGCCGUGAAAUUGAAAAUUGUGAUUUAAAAAUUAUAUUGAAGGCUAAAACAGAUUUAGAAUAUCAACUGAAAGAAGCAUUAAAUAAACAACAUGAAGCAAUGUCUCAGGCGCUAAAGUUAGCCGAAAGAAAUGAAGAAUUAGAAAAAGAAUUAAGAGACAUUGAUCACAUUGCAUUGUCUGUUGAAGCUGAUUGCAAUACAGCAGUUAAAGAAAAUAACCGAAGAGUUUGUAGAUUGCAGGAACGUUUAAACGAAGUUAUGACUCAAGUCCAUGCACUGGAAUGUGAAUUAGCAGAAGAAAGACGAAAGGUACAAGAAUUGAAAAGUGAUUUAGGCGCUAGUCGUCUUGAAAAAUUAGAUAUUCAACAGACACUCGAAUUCACUUUAGAGGAGAAAAAGAAUUUAACAGAUCGGAUUAAUCAACUCACUGCUAUGGCAACAAGAAAUGAAAAAUCGAAAGAAUAUAUUUUCAAUCAGGGGGAGGAAAUUGUAAAAAGCAGAAAUAGGGAAAUUUCUAAUGAUGUGCAAAGGAUUCUUUAUGAAAAGGAGUCUAGUAUUGUUAGUUUACAGAAUAAAUUAAUUAAUUUAGAAGCAGAACGUGAUUACUUUAGAGAGGAAUACAAUAAAUGUCGAGACAAGUGCAGUAAAGAAUCCAGAAAUGAAAGCGUGACGCUGGAACGAUUACAACGUGAAAGAGAUUUGGCUAAAGGAGAUGUUGAACGUCUAGUCGAAGAGCGUGAUGCUUUACGCGAACGAUUGAAGAUGGCAACAGAGUCGCAUUCCUCUGUGCAACAAAGGUUAAGGGAAAAUCUUCACGAUGUUGAGAAACGAUUAAAAUAUAUUGAAUGUGAAAGACAAGAACUUAUAACAUCACAGGGUACCAAACGCUCUACAAUAAAUGGUCUCGAGGAUCAGCUCGAAGACUUCAGGGAAGAACUCAAAAGAACUAAACAGGAGUUGGCGGAACAGAGAACACAAUAUUUCCAAUUAAGAGCGUUGCAAGAUCAAACGGAUCAAGCCCUCGGUGAUGUGCAGGGUCAACUCUCGCAAUCAGAGACUGAACUAACAAAGGCUAUUGAUCGCAAUCGAAAUAUGGAACAGCAACAAAUCGAUCUUACCAAUCAAGUCAAGGACUUGAAGCAAGAAAUUAAUACUUUGCACACCAGCAUGGCACAAAUAGAUCACGAGAAAGACCAGUUACUAAUGGUACUUGAUGAGAAGACGGAAAAAAUUGCUUCUUUAGAACGGGAGUUACAAUCCAAAGAGCAACAGAUGCUAAAUGCAGAGCAACAACUUCGUGAUUUACAGCACAAAAAUCAAAUCUGUGUGGAUCAGAGUGCAGAUAAGGAGCGACAGGUACGUGGCAUGCAAAUUGACAUGGACAAUCUUCAGAGACAAAUGACGAGUUCAUCGAUGGACCGUGAAAAUGCAAUACAAGAAAAUAUGAGACUUCAAGACGAUUUAGCGGCUGUUACUUGUGAGCUGCGAACACUUCAACGGGAACUUGACGCCUCGAGGGCAGAAUCAUUUGAUCUGAAAAAGCAGCUUAAAACUUAUGUCAGCGAAGUUAGGCGUAUCGAAGAACUUUUAACGAAAAAGGAAACUGAGAGAACGGACAUGUUGAAUCAUUUUCGAAGUUUAAGUUUAGAAGCAACAGUUUUGGAGAACAGUAAUCAUAGUUUAGAAUCCGAAGCUGCUGAGGCAAGAGGAGCUCUUCAGUCCGCUCGAGAUCGACUCUUAGAUCUUGAUCAUCAAGUUGCAGAUAAAGAAAAUUUAAUAAAAGGUUGUGAAGCACAGAUUAUUAAUUUAACACAAAAUGUCGCCACUUUGGAAACGGAAUUAAGACAACAAGAAGAUCAAAGAAUUAGAGCAGAAUCUGAUCUAAAUGCUGUUAGAGAUCUUUGUGUGAAAUUAGAUCAGCAAAAGGAUAAUCUUUUGCAACAAUUAGGCGAAAGGGAUUCUGUAAAUUCGCAGUUUGAAUCACAACUCACUCGAUUGAGAACAGAAAAUUCAGUCGUUCAAGAUCAAAUAAACAGAGAUAAUGCUGCAAUUGAUCGUUUAGAAGAUCUUUUGGAUCAAUCUAGACAGGAGUCGAUGAAUACCCAAACUGCCAAUCAGGAAUUGCAAAAUGAAAUCUUAAGACUGAAACAGAAAAACUCGGAGCUUCAUUGCAAACUGUCUUCCAAUUCGUCAGAGCUGAAGAAAUAUCAGAAUCAAGCAGCUGAAUAUAGUAAACAAGUGAGCGAAUUACGAAGACAAGUCACAAACGAACGCUUUGAUCGAGCGCGCAAAGAGGAAGAAACCAGAAGGUCUUUGAAUUCCACGCCAGACAGUUUUAAUGUAGACUUAAAUGUUGUAAUAUAAAGUGACAUUCAUUAAAACACUAUCUUCGUUAACAUAUCUGUAGAUAUUUUCAACUUAUGCCUGAGGAAAAUACUACCAUCUGCCCCUCGAGUUUUCCAUCAAGAAAAAUAAACAAAUCUAAUACGAAGUC